GCCCGCCCGCGCCCCGGUUCCCACGUCCCCCGCCGCCAGCCCCGAGACCACGCGCGCACGGACUGGGGGUCGCGCCGGCGGGGCCCGGCCGCGCACCUGGAAAGUUCCCCGUCGCCUGACCCUCGCACAAAAUGGGAAAUGGUUCGGUGAAACCCAAACAUUCCAAGCACCUGGAUGGCCACAGGAAUCUCAGCAAUGAUGCUCUGCGGAGCAAGGUGCUAGAACUGGAGAGAGAGCUGAGGAGGAAAGAGGCCGAGAUCCAGGAGCGGGAGUACCAUUUGAAGGAGCUGCGGGAGCAGCUGUCCAAGCAGACCGUGGCCAUCGCCGAGCUCACGGAGGAGCUCCAGAGCAAAUGCAUCCAGCUGAACAAGCUUCAAGAUGUAGUCCACCUGCAGGGAGGAAGCCCACUGCAGGCAUCCCCAGAGAAAGUACCUUUGGAGGUGCACCGGAAGUCCUCAGGAUUGGUCUCUCUGCAGAGCAGAAGGGGGGCGAAGGCAGGGGUGUCUGCCGAGCCAACAACCCGUACUUAUGACCUCAACAAACCCCCUGAAUUUUCCUUUGAGAAAGCAAGAGUCAGAAAGGACUCCAGUGAGAAGAAGCUCAUUACCGAUGCCCUUAAUAAAAAUCAGUUUCUGAAGAGGCUAGAUCCUCAGCAGAUCAAAGACAUGGUGGAAUGCAUGUAUGGAAGAAAUUACCAGCAAGGGAGUUACAUUAUUAAGCAAGGAGAACCAGGAAACCAUAUUUUUGUACUGGCAGAGGGCCGACUCGAGGUGUUCCAAGGGGAGAAAUUCCUCUCAGCCAUCCCUCUAUGGACCACGUUUGGGGAACUGGCCAUUUUAUACAACUGCACAAGGACUGCCUCUGUGAAAGCUGUUACCAAUGUUAAAACUUGGGCACUGGAUCGAGAGGUAUUCCAGAACAUAAUGAGAAGAACAGCUCAAGCUAGAGAUGAACAGUACAGAAACUUCCUCAGAAGUGUUUCCUUGCUGAAGAAUUUACCUGAAGAUAAGCUAGCCAAGAUCAUUGACUGCUUGGAAGUGGAGUACUAUGACAAAGGAGAUUACAUUAUUAGAGAGGGUGAAGAAGGAAGUACCUUUUUCAUUUUAGCAAAAGGAAAGGUAAAAGUCACCCAAAGUACAGAAGGCCAUGAGCAGCCACAACUAAUAAAAACAUUGCAGAAGGGGGAAUACUUUGGAGAAAAAGCUCUUAUCAGUGAAGAUGUUCGAUCAGCUAACAUUAUUGCUGAAGAAAAUGAUGUCGCCUGCCUGGUGAUAGAUCGAGAAACAUUCAACCAAACGGUUGGGACUUUUGAAGAACUACAGAAAUAUCUGGAAGGGUAUGUGGCAAACCUAAACCGAGAUGAUGAAAAAAGACAUGCAAAGAGAUCCAUGUCUAACUGGAAGUUGUCAAAAGCACUCUCUCUGGAAAUGAUACAGCUGAAGGAGAAAGUGGCCAGAUUUUCCUCAUCAUCCCCAUUCCAGAACCUUGAGAUUAUCGCAACACUGGGCGUUGGUGGGUUCGGAAGAGUUGAGCUUGUUAAAGUGAAAAAUGAGAAUGUUGCUUUCGCUAUGAAAUGCAUAAGGAAGAAGCACAUUGUUGACACGAAACAACAGGAGCAUGUCUACUCGGAAAAGAGGAUCUUGGAAGAGCUGUGUUCUCCCUUUAUUGUGAAACUAUAUCGUACUUUCAAGGACAAUAAAUAUGUGUACAUGCUUCUGGAGGCCUGUUUAGGUGGAGAGCUAUGGAGUAUACUAAGGGACAGGGGCAGCUUUGAUGAAUCUACCUCGAAGUUCUGUGUUGCUUGUGUGACUGAAGCAUUUGAUUACUUGCAUCGACUAGGUAUUAUCUACAGAGACCUGAAACCAGAAAACUUAAUUCUAGAUUCUGAUGGUUAUCUAAAACUGGUUGAUUUUGGAUUUGCUAAGAAAAUAGGAUCUGGACAAAAAACAUGGACAUUCUGUGGAACUCCAGAAUAUGUUGCCCCAGAAGUUAUUCUCAACAAAGGACACGAUUUCAGUGUAGAUUUUUGGUCACUGGGAAUUCUAGUGUAUGAGCUCUUAACGGGCAAUCCACCCUUUUCUGGUGUUGACCAAAUGAUGACCUACAAUUUGAUUCUCAAAGGAAUUGAAAAAAUGGAUUUUCCCAGAAAGAUUACAAGAAGACCUGAGGAUUUGAUUCGAAGACUUUGCAGGCAAAAUCCAACAGAAAGACUAGGAAAUCUGAAGAAUGGCAUCAAUGACAUUAAGAAACACAGAUGGUUAAAUGGUUUUAACUGGGAAGGAUUAAAAGCACGGAGUCUCCCAUCACCUUUACAAAGAGAGCUCAGUGGACCCACAGAUCACAGCUACUUUGACAAGUAUCCACCUGAGAAGGGUGUGCCUCCGGAUGAGCUGUCAGGCUGGGAUAAAGACUUCUGAUUGAAAAAACAAGAAGAAGAUCAUUAUUUAGCCUGCAUAGAAAAGGAUAUGAGGAAAAGUAAUCCAACACGGAUUUUUUUCACUUUGGAGUAUUACAGUAUACCUUACAGAAUACUGUCUGAAAAAAGAAAUCCCUGCCAGGAUUUGAGGGUGGACAAUAAUGGGUAUGGAGGUGGAACUGAAUUAUAAUGUCUUAUUGAGGAGCUGUGAAUUACUCAUCUAUUCCAGUCUUUGUUUUUAUCAACUGUUAAAAGCUAUCGAUUUUUCUCCAUUGUCAGUCCAUUAUUUUGUUGCAGAGACAUAUC